AUGUACUACGAAUUAUUUGCUAUUGCUCGUAUUACAGACCCACUACAUGUUACAAAAGAAGCUACUAAGAUUGCUUCCACCGUUGGUAAAUUGAUAUUAAACAAUAGAGGUAUUGUUAGAGAUAUAACGAGUCUUGGAGCCAAACCAUUACCUAAAAUCAUAUCAAAGGAACAAGAAAGACAUUUCCAGGGAUACCACUUUUUAAUGGGGUUUGAUUCAUCGAGUAAAGUGCAAGCACAAUUGUUGAGAACGUUGAGAAAAGAUCCGAGAAUAUUACGUGCUAGUAUAAUCAAGCAUGAUUUGAGGAAGAAUUUGAAUCCGGGUACAUCGAUAGACCAAGCGUUGGGUGUUAAUUAA